UUCAGCUCCUCGGUCAACUGGGUUUGCACACAGAAAGAUGUCUUGCUCCAGCCUGUGCUAUCCAGAAUGCGGGGUGGCCCAGCCCAGUCCAGUUUCUGGCAGCUGGAACGAGCCAUGUGUUAGGCAGUGCCCUGACUCUGAAGUGGUCAUCAGACCAUCACCCGUUGUCGUGACCAUCCCGGGACCAAUUCUCAGCACUUUCCCUCAGCAGAGUGAAGUGGCAGCUGUAGGAGCACCUGUGGUCGGAGCCGGCUACGGGGGUUCAUUCGGUGUGGGGGGAUUGUACGGGGGCUAUGGAGGCCGUUACGGAGGAUUGUAUGGUUACGGGGGAUUAGGUGCUUAUGGAGGCCGUUACGGAGGAUUGUAUGGUUACGGGGGAUUAGGUGCUUAUGGGGGCCGUUAUGGUUACGGGGGAUUGAGUAGUUACGGGGGCCGUUAUGGUGGACUGUGCGGUUACGGGGGAUUGUAUGGUUAUGGGGGUGGUUUCGGGGGAUUGUGUGGUUACGGGGGCCCUUAUGGCGGACUGUGCGGUUAUGGGGGCCGUUAUGGUGGACUGUGUGGUUACGGGGGAGGUUACGGUUAUGGAGGAUUAUCCGGUUCCGGGGUAUCUUGCCAUAGGUACCUGAGUGGAAGCUGUACACCAUGUUAAACCUUGCAGGAAUAUCAAUGGUAAAAAAAAAGACCAGGAAAUGAAGAACAAGCUACAGAUUCAGAUGGAGAUUUCAGAAGCGCUGUGCAGGCAUGGCUCCACUUGAAUUCAACGCGAGCUGUGUCUGCUCAGCGCCUUUGUCUCCUAGACCCAUUUCUAAUGUUAUGCUUAUAAACUCUUUCUGCCAAUGCUUUCCCAACCGCGUGCUUAGUCUCUCAGUCACAUGUGGACUCAUUCUGGAUUACACUCAGGCUGUUUGCACUUACCCCUCAGUGUGAAGGAAACAGGGGCCUUAAAACAGGCAUCAGUUGUAUUUAUUAUCGCUUUAAUUUGUUUGUCCAACUCUGCACCUGCGAAAAAGGAAAAACAACAUCUCGCCUCAAAUGCAUCGCAAGGAAGCGGGUGAUCAGUCACAGCCCCUCUGGAAACACGUGAAAUACCUUCUUUCUCUUGUGUAUUAUUUCUAUCUGUAACUGUGUAUUGCAAAUUUCAUUCUCAUUAAAAACUAUGCUGCAUCGUAA